AAUUGAUUGCCCCUCUUCUCAUCUCAUUUUAGCCUUUAAAUCUCCCACCUUCCCUCUCCCUUUAUCACAUUGCAUUCUUCCUCAACCUCAAUCUCUCCCUGUAAAUACCUCACACACAAAUUUCACACACAAAAAUGGCUCAAAUUUUGCCGAAUUUUACCAGUUCCGUGAAGCUCAAGUAUGUGAAGCUAGGGUACCAGUACCUGAUCAACCACAUUCUCACAUUUAUUCUUGUACCGAUCAUAGCCUCGAUUGCUCUCGAAAUUCUGCGAAUCGGACCGCAUGAGCUGCUUGCGAUGGCGCAGUCUGUCCAGCUCGACACUCUGCAGGUUUUGUGCUCGACGUUCCUGAUUAUUUUUAUCUCAACAGUGUACUUCAUGUCGAAGCCGAGAUCGAUUUAUUUAGUGGACUAUGCAUGCUACAAGCCGCCUGUCACGUUUCGAGUCCCCUUCGCGACGUUCAUGGAGCAUUCGAGACUGAUCCUGAAGGAAAACCCUAAGUCAGUGGACUUCCAGAUGCGGAUCCUGGAGCGGUCUGGACUCGGGGAGGAGACGUGUCUGCCUCCCGCGAUACAUUACAUCCCUCCGAAGCCUACGAUGGAGGCGGCACGAGGCGAGGCGGAGCUUGUGAUAUUUUCUAGUAUUGAUGCCUUGUUUGAGAAAACGGGACUUAAGCCGAAAGAUAUUGAUAUUUUGAUUGUGAAUUGUAGCUUGUUCUCGCCCACUCCUUCGUUGAGCGCUAUGAUUGUGAACAAGUAUAAGCUGAGGAGUAAUAUCAGGAGCUUUAAUUUGUCCGGAAUGGGAUGUAGCGCUGGUUUAAUUUCGAUUGAUCUGGCUCGUGAUUUACUCCAAACGCAUCCGAAUUCGAACGCAAUUGUUGUCAGCACCGAGAUCAUUACACCGAAUUAUUAUCAAGGGAAAGAGCGUGCGAUGCUGCUUCCGAAUUGCUUGUUCCGGAUGGGAGGCGCGGCCAUGCUGCUAUCGAACAAGCGUCGCGAGAGGUCGAGAGCUAAGUACAGGUUGGUUCGUGUGGUUCGGACUCAUAAAGGAGGCGACGAUAAGGCCUUUCGGUGUGUUUACGAAGAGGAGGAUGCGCAAGGGAAGUGCGGGAUUAAUUUGUCGAAAGAUCUCAUGGCAAUUGCUGCCGAAGCUCUUAAAUCGAAUAUUACGACAAUCGGUCCAUUAGUCCUUCCUGCAUCCGAACAGCUGCUCUUUUUAUUCACUCUCAUUGGUCGAAAAAUCUUUAACCCUAAAUGGAAACCCUACAUUCCCGACUUCAAGUUGGCGUUCGAGCACUUCUGCAUCCACGCGGGAGGCCGUGCAGUCAUCGACGAGCUCCAGAAGAAUCUCCAGCUCUCGGCUGAACACGUGGAGGCCUCCCGCAUGGCGCUUCACCGCUUUGGAAACACCUCAUCUUCCUCAUUAUGGUACGAAAUGAGCUAUAUUGAGGCCAAGGGGAGGAUGAAAAAAGGUGACCGAGUGUGGCAAAUCGCGUUCGGGAGUGGAUUUAAAUGCAACAGUGCGGUGUGGAAGUGUAAUCGGACGGUUAAGACGCCGGCGGACGGGCCGUGGCAAGACUGCAUUGACAGAUAUCCGGUGCAUAUUCCGGAAGUUGUGAAGCUUUAAAUGCAAGGAUUAAUUCAGGUGGUCCAGCUAAUAUAUGGUUGAGCCCUGAAUCGAACCGCCGAUCACUGUCAUUCAUUUAAACCGUGUCAUUGGUGUGAUAAAGUGUACAUGUUCUAGUUGUCAUAAAAACAAUAAUAGCUGUAAAUCUUAUGAAACUGUAACCAGUUGGGGCAGCGCACUUGGCCGAAAGAAUGUACGUAUACUUGUUAUACUGCUAUAUUAUUAUUAUUAUUGGAAUAUAUACUUUAGCUUUUAGAGGUGGUUUCA